AUGUCUUUACAUUUCCAAUACCUAGGCUAAGGAUUGAGCAGCCAAAAAACUAUGGAAUUAUUACAAAAGCAUUGUUCGUCUAAUCAUCAUAACAAAAUUGCUGAUUUCGGUGCUGUUUUUGAUGAAUUAUUGGAGUCAGAGAAAUACAAAGAUUUAAUAGUAUCCACUCUAGAGAUUAUCAAUUUGUCAUCAGAUAAAACUUUAUUACAACCAAUCUAUUCUGCAAUUCAAUAUUGGAUGACUAAACUUGAGUCGAAGGAAUAAUAAAUCAUCGUUGAUCUCUUUCUAAAGCACAUCGAAUAGAUUAAUGAAGAAGCCAUUUUUAAAACGAAAAUUGUAGCACAAUUGUUCAAUGCAUUGAGUUCAUCAUCAUUGUCAUAGAAUCUGUUUUUGAAAUUACUUGAAUGUGCAAAGAAAUGGAAUACUUAGUAACUAAUUAUAUCACCCAUUAUUUCAAACCUUAAGGAAUUCUUGAAUUUAUGGACUCUCAGUGGCCCUGAAGUCUUGAAAAUAUUAAAUGCAAUCUCAGAUUUGAUAGAUCCUCAAGACUAACAAUAUGUUAUACUAAUUUCUGAAUACAUUUUGAGAAACAUCAGCACUUCUUAAGAAUAAUACAUUAAGACAUUUAUUAGCUUCUAAAACAUCAAUCAAUCCUACUUAAAAUUAUGUGAAAUCACUUAAUGCUCUAAUUUUUAGGUUAUUGAAAAAACACAAUUGGGCUAGCUUAUAAAACUAGUGCUUGCAGGUGAUUUAUCAGGAGCAUCAGCCUUUUUAGUGAAGGAAGAAGGUUAUUUCAAAUCAUUAAAUCUAAAUGUUGAGCAAUAUUUGAAUUAGACAAGGAUUGCCAAAUUUAUUUAAUUAUCAAGUUAAAAAUAGAGUUACUCCUAUUAAGAAAUAGCUGAUGCUUUGAAUAUCAAAUUAGAAGAGGUGGAGAUUUGGGUUAUUCAUGCAAUUCAAUCGUAAAAUGUUUCAGCUUAAAUUGAUUAAUCUUAAUAAAGAAUUUUCAUCUUAGAUAACUUUAAAAAAUUGUUAGCCAAAGAUGAUUGGUAAAACUUGCAUAAAAAAUUAUCAGCUUUGUUAACCAAACUUAAAAGUGUUCAAAUAUAAUGA